ACAAACCACCAGCUCCGCCGCUCGGGAAGGGACAAGCGCCGGCGCCCCGGCCGCGGCGCUGGCGGGGGGGGCGGCAGCGCCGGGGCCGGCCCCGAGGGCGAGCGGCACUUUGCGCGGGCGGUGAAGGGGGGCUGCCCGCCCCGCUGCCCGCCCUUGCCCGGCCCCGCGGCAGCGGGCCCGGCGGAGGCUGACGCGGCCCGGCCCAGGCCCGGCGCCCCGCCAGCCGCGGAGAGGAAGAGACAAUUCUGCUGAGGCUGCUUUCUCUGUUAGCUGCCCAGGCACUUGCAAUUUGUGCCACAGUUUUCUGUGGGUAACUUGUCCGUGGAUGCGUUUUGGUCACUAUCAUUUGCUGGGAAAAUUACUGCGUGGACAAAGCUGAAUUAAAAAAUGAAUUACAGGUUGAAGUCUUGCCCUAGAGUCUCCGAGGUAUAAAUGAGGAAGAGCUGCAAUCAAACCAUCCAACACAUCUGUUUCAGCUACAUUUUCUCCUCCUGGCUGUUCCCUGUCAUUGAUCCACCAUCACUUGCUCUGGCAUCCAACAAAGCAGCUAUUCAGGCAAUUGCUGACAGACUGGCUUAGAGGGUGGAGUUUUAAUGUUUUGAUGUCAGAAUGAAGAGCAGGAUACCUCUCAUUCUUCUAGCUUGUGGCUCCUUUAACCCCAUCACAAACAUGCAUAUGCGUUUAUUUGAGCUGGCUAGAGAUCACCUGCACCAAACAGGAAGGUAUCAGGUGAUUGAAGGCAUAAUGUCUCCUGUUAAUGAUGACUACGGAAAGAAAGGCUUGGUUUCAGCAAGGCACCGGAUAGCUAUGGCUAAACUAGCACUGGAGACAUCUGACUGGAUUCGAGUUGAUCCGUGGGAGAGUGAGCAGCAGACGUGGACAGAGACAGUAAAAGUAUUAAGGCACCAUUACAAUGAAUCACUGGGAUUGCUCCAGUCCAAGAAGGAAUUAAUGAAAAACAAACAGCCCAUAGAAGGAUCUACAGAGGAUUCCCUUUCUUACCAGAACCCAGUUCCGCCAGAAUUAAAGCUUCUCUGUGGGGCUGAUUUUCUACAGACAUUUAAGACACCCAAUCUCUGGAAGGAAGAACACAUCAAAGAAAUAGUGGAAAAGUUCGGUUUGGUCUGUAUUAGCCGUGCUGGCUCUGAUCCUGCUCAGUAUAUCAAUGAAUCAGACCUUUUAACUAAGUUUCAGCACAAUAUCUUUCUGGUGAAAGAAUGGAUUCAGAAUGAAAUCAGUGCAACACAGAUACGCUAUGCCUUGUGCAGAGGAUUAAGUGUAAAAUAUCUCGUACCAGAUUCUGUUAUAUCCUACAUUGCACACCAUAAUAUCUACACAGAAGAGAGUGAGAGGAAGAAUGAAGGUGACUUGCUUCAGCCUCUUAAGUUGAAUAACACAACAGUAAACCCACUAAAUGACUGAUGUGUGUAGUGUGUGAAGUGGACAGACCUGGCAUUUUUUCAUGCAAAGUUCUUGAGAAAGUUGUUUCUUGUUAGUGAGGGGAAAAUAAAAAAAUUAUUGAAUUCAUGUGGUGUUUUAAAUUCAUGGGUUUUGUGUAUGAUAGGGCUUAAGCAAAUUGGGAUGGUCAGCUGCGUGGGUUAAAAUACAUGAAGAACAGCUUCCUUGUGAAAAUAAAAGGAAAAAGAUCUUAACAAUAAAUAUUAAUCUCCAGUAAUACUUAAGGAUCAAACAUAGUACUUCGCUGAAUUGUAAUUCUGUAAUCCUACAGCCAGUUUUAGCAUGAAGAUGCCUUACUGUUCUGAAGCAGCAAAAUAAAAAGAACCAUAUAACAUUUCUUUAUAUAAA